CUAUUUUAACUCGGUCUUUAGUUUGCACUUACGUAUUUGAAAUGCACUUUCCUGAUAGCAAAAAGACAAAGUACGAGAUAAAGGAAAAGGGUUUAACCGAGAACGGCUGUCCAGUAAUAGAACAACCAUUACCUUCAAAAAUGGAUUCUUGUGUUUUAAAGAUCGUGGUUUCUGUUGUGGUCGUUGUUUUGUUGACUGCUGCAGUAAUACCUACAGUGGUGCUGGCUACUCAGAAUGCGGACAAGGGACCGCAAGAUGAAGACGAUUGUCAGACAAUACCAAUGAAACCGAACGAAUGCGGGCUUGCUGGUAAAUGGAAGAAUCAACUAAAAUCAGAAAUGGAAAUAAUAUGUCAGAAUGGUAAAGUCACUGGCAAAUAUAACACAGCUGUGGGUAGAGCUUCAAAUUAUUAUCAUCUUGUUGGCAGAUAUACAAGAGUUGGAACGAACUUUACUGAUACUAUACUGGGCUGGUCCGUCUCUUGGAAUAAUGACGUCUAUGGCAACUCCAACUCAACAACAUCGUGGACGGGAAUACAUUACAGAGAUGAAGGAAUCAUCCACACUCACUGGAUUUUGGUCCGUUAUCAUAACCAGGCUAAUCUGUGGCAAACAAAUAUGAUCGGCCAUGAUGAUUUUCAUAGAAUCUGUUGAGAAGCUUUUUCACAAAAGACACUGUAAUACACACACAUGCACACACGCACGCACAGACACAGACACACACUAAUGUUCCAAAGUACUCUUCACACACACGCGCGCAUGCACGUUCUAAAAUAUUCUUCAGAUUUGAGAAAAUGCAGCGGCUUAGAAAAGAUUUGUUACGUGUUUUAAGAUGUGUUUGAAAUCAUCGCAGUUAUCUAAAAGUGUUGACAUAUAUUAAAAAGUCUGUCCAUUGAUCAAAAAAUAUUUUAAGUCAGAUAUACUAUAUUGGAAAUGUGGCUCAUUCUGGUGGAGAGUGCACUGAAUGUGAAAUGGUGAUGUGUAUAUAUACAAGCAAUUGCAUUUUUAUCUGUAGUUAAAUAUUUUUGAAUGUGCACUGUAUGUACAUGACAUUUACUCAAAUAGCUUUGAAUGUCCAAGAUGUGUAGCUGACAUUUACUGAUAUAACUUGUGUAACUGAUAUUUACUUCUGUAACUUUGAAUGUGAACGGGCGUAACUGAUAUUUACUCGAACUUUAAAUGUCAAAGAUGUGUAGCUGACAUUUAUAGAUAUAACUUGUUUAACUGAUAUUUUCUUAUUUGAAUUUUGAAUGUACACGGUGUGUAACUGAUAUGUACUGAUAUCGUUAUUUUUCAGGCAAUUUUAGCAAAUCAAUGUUUACAUUUAAAAGAUUUGUUGACAAUUACUUGCAAUUUUGUUUAAAUGGGUCAACCGUGUUGUUGUACUUAUAAAAUAGACUGGCCCGGUUUAUAGGCUGGUCAGGGCUACGAUAGGUAUUGUAUUUUGCCAACGAAAUAUUUCUAUAAAAUGCUUCUUCCCCUUCCGUUUGGAUCCGCCCAUGUUUACAAACACGUUUGUUUAUUUUAUGGACUGUAGUUUGUAUUCUACUUACAUUAUAUUUUGCUCUGUAUAAUAAUAUCAUAUUAAUUUUAGUUUAGUACCAAAAGACGAAAAUGUUUACCAAUGUAAAUGGGCAUUUCCAUUAGAAACUUGCAUCAAUGAUUUGAUUUUAAUUAUAAUUGCAUAAAACAUAGUUGUAAGUACUGAAAAUCAAAUUUUUUCUUGUGUUCAUGCAAACACUAGAAACUAGAAUAUUGUACUUCAGUUAUCUAAGACAUAUCAAAUUAUACUAAUCCACCGACAAUUUUUGACAGUGACGUCAUUUUGUCUACAAACUAUAAAUAACCACGGAUGUAUACUUAUAAUAGAUAGAAAUAUGUCUUAUCGGAUGAGAAACGCUAAGUAAGGUAUGGCCCAGUGGAUGUGUUGGCUACUUGUCACGCAGGCGAUGUAAGUUCUAAACCAGUGAUAGGCGAGGUAUAUUUUAUGUAUUUUUUGUAGCAAAAAAUAUAUUGUUUGAAAGACCAGUUACAUUUGCUUUCCUUGAUUUGGAAAAAUGUUGUUUUAUAUGUUUUUCUUGUUAGUUUUUUUUAAUUAUCAAUCAUUUAUUUUAUUAUGAAGUAUACCAAUUUGAAAUAUUAAUGCAACAUAUGCCUGUCUCACCGUCAGUCCAUUGUGUUUUAGAAUAGAUAUUGCUUUCUCGUUUUAUUCACCAAAGGCUCGUUACAGUUAGAAACGUGUUCAUUGCAAUUUUAGCCAUUUUAUGUGGAAUGAAAUGACGAACGUUUUCUACACAAUUUAUUAUGUACGCAUAAUUCGUGAAGCACUAGAUAAUCUAGAUAACUAUAUAGUUGAAUAAGGAAAAUAUCGUGCGGGAAAAAAGUUCCGCCGACCAGAUUCGAACUCGGUACUUCUCGGUUACUACGACAGCGCCGUUAUCCUCUGGGUUACGUAUCCAUGUAGGCUAUAGGUAAAGAAACAUAAAGAUAAUCCAGUAUAAUUUAAGGUAAACAUUGGAAAGUAAAUACAAUUUGACGUCACUGUCAGGUAUCCCUGGUCGGAUUGUACCGUAUUUUACAAAUAAAUAUAAUUCAUGUUGUCAUGAAAAAUACCUAUGCAUCUUGAGAAUACAGAGAUUUAUACAUAAAAGGCACGUGUUAAUCGUGUUGUUGAUUUUGUUUGCUUA